GCAUGUGCAGUGUAGCUCCCGCAGCGGGACGGCGGCCGAAGGAACAAGGACCGAAACCGCUGGGUCCAGCAGCGCGUUCCGGGUCCGGGGAUCCUUCUUCAGAACACGGACAGGUCUCAGAGACAUCCCGGGGGAGGUCACCAGGCCCAAGCGCCAAGACCUGGCUCCUGCUCCCGGGGAGAGGAGAUGGCGAGACAGGAGUAUUGGAAAAUCUGAAGACGGAAGUUUCAAGGUCAACAGAUGAAGGGCUUAUGCCCAAAACGUUGACUCUCCUGCUCCUCGGAUGCUGCCUGACCUGCUGUGCUUUUCCAGCGCUGCAAUUUUCGACUCUGACUCUCCAGCAUCUACAGUCUUCACUUUGAUGUCAAUGUCUGACAGUCACUCAGUCCAUCGGGACCGCAACAGUUUUCAACUAUGAGUCUGUGAGAAGGAGGAAAGCUUUUUGGUUCUCAUUUGAGUACGUUUUCAGCAUCAGUGGGAUUGGAUGAGAGACCCAACUGUUGCAGCGCACUGAAUGAGGAGUGUGUAGCAGCUAUACGGCCUGGAAAGAGGAAUUCACGACGUGUUUGUGCGCGACUGAAGCUUUGGCCAUGGAGAAACCCGAGGAAUCCCGCCCCGUGGAGAAACCAUGGAAGUGUGGUGACUGUGGGAAAGGCUUCCGUGCUCCGUCUGCCUUGGAGAUUCGUCGGCGCAGUCACACCGGAGAGGGGCCGUUCUUCUGCCCUGAGUGCAGGAAGGCCUUCAGCAAUUCCUCCGCCCUGCAGGCCCACCAGCAGCUCCACACAGGGGAGAGGCCGUUCCCCUGCACUGAGUGCGGGAAGAUCUUUAGCAAUUCCUCCAUCCUGCUGAAGCACCGGCGGGUACACACAGGGGAGAGACCCUUCAGCUGCCCUGAGUGCGGGAAGGCCUUUACACAGGCGUCCAUCCUGCUGACCCACCGGCGGAUCCACACUGGGGAGAGGCCGUUCUCCUGCCCCGAGUGUGGGAAGGGAUUUAGUCAGGUGGGCAACUUGCAUGUGCACCAGCGGGUCCACACUGGGGAGAAGCCCUUCACGUGCCCUGAAUGCGGGAAGGCCUUCAGCUAUUCCUCGGACCUGCUGAAGCAUCAGCGCGUCCACACCGGGGAGAGGCCCUUCAGUUGCCCCGAGUGCGGGAAAGCCUUCAGCGAUUCCUCCGACCUGCUGAAGCACCGAAGGGUCCACACGGGGCAGAUGCCCUUCAGCUGCCCCGAGUGCAGGAAGGCCUUUAGCGAUUCCUCUGCCCUGGUGAAGCAUCGGCGAGUGCACACGGGGGCGAGGCCCUUCAGCUGCCCCGAGUGCGGGAAAAGCUUUGCCCGGGCCUCCAACCUGCUGACCCACCGGCGGAUCCACACGGGGGAGAGGCCCUUCAGCUGCCUCGAAUGCGGGAAGGGCUUCACCCGCUCUUCCCACCUCCGGAGCCACCAGCGAGUUCAUCGGCACAUCCACACAGGGGAGAAGCCGUUCUCCUGCCCUGAAUGCGGUAAGGGCUUUACCCAGGACUCUACCAUGCUGACCCACUGGCGUAUCCACACAGGGGAGCGGCCCUUCAACUGCCCCGAGUGUGGGAAAGCCUUCAGGAAUUCUUCGAACCUGCUCAGGCACCAGCGGCUCCACACUGGGGAAAGGCCCUUCAGCUGCCCCGAGUGCGGGAAGGCCUUUGUCCGGGCCUCCCACCUCCUGACCCACCAGCGGGUCCACACAGGGCAGAGGCCCUUCAGCUGUCCUGAGUGUGGGAAGAGAUUUACCCAGGCCUCCAACUUGCGGACCCACCAGCGAGUCCACACAGAGGAAAGGCCCUUCAGCUGCCCCGAGUGCUGGAAAGGCUUCACCUGCUCCUCCCGCCUGCGGAGGCACCAGCGAGUUCACGUGCCAUCGCAGGGGGAUUGAAGGAGCGACGGCCAAGUGCCAUUAUCGACUGGACUGUCAACCCGGUUCCAGGGACUCCGGGGUUUGCAUCCCGCCCCGACAGAUGGCAGAACUGGUAUUCGGUCAGAAAUCUGGAGUGCAGAAUCUAACAGUGAAACCAUUUUCGGGGGUUGGGGGUGGAGAAACCCCCAUCUGAUUCACUCACGUCCUUUUUAGGGAAGGAAACUGCCGUUGUGGGAAAGGAUUCACUCAGUCGUCCCAGCUGCAUCCUUUACCCGGUCUGGCCUACACGUGACUCCAGACCCACAGCAGUCUGGUUGACUCUACACUGCCCUCCACCCGACUGGCAAAUGCAUGGAGAGAAAUUUACUUGGAGACAAGGUAUGGGUUGAAAUUGGUGAGUGAGGCAGUAUUUCCUAUGGGUUACGGCUGUAGCAAGGACCCAAUU